AUGGACAUGAGGUCCACGGAUGGGUUGCUCUUCAAAGACCAGAAUUUCUCCUCUGACUUACUGAAGCAGCUCAACAGCUUGCGGCAGAAGGAGCUCCUGACAGACGUGACAGUCUGCGCGGGUGCCACCGAGCUGCCUUGCCACCGGAACGUGUUAGCCUGCAGUAGCCCCUACUUCAGGGCCAUGUUUUGUGGCAGCUUCAGGGAGCGUGGCGAGGCCAAGGUGCAUUUGCAUGGCCUGGAGCCGGCCUCCCUGGACCAGAUCGUCCUGUAUGUCUAUACCGGGGAGGCCCAUAUCACAGCCCACAACGUGCUGGCCCUGAUGGAAGCAGCUUCACUGCUGCAGUACCUCAAGUUGUUCGAGGCCUGCUCUGGGUACUUGCAGGCCCAGUUGAGUCCCAGCAACUGCCUGGGCAUGCUGCGACUCUCAGAAACCUUCAGCUGUGACAGUCUCCGCCAGAAGGCCAGGGAGAUGGCCUUGACUCAUUUCCCCCAAGUAGCCACUUCGGCCGACCUCAAGGAGCUUCGCAUGGCUGAGCUGAGAGACUAUCUGGGGGAUGAUGCACUGUGUGCCGAGGAGGAGAAAGUGUUCGAGGCCUUCAUGGCCUGGCUCCAGCAUGACCUCCUAGGCCGCAGGCAGCACAUGCAGGAGCUGCUGGGCCAAGUAAGGCUGCAGUACAUCCACCCGGCCUUCUUCCAUCACUUCAUCGCCAAUCAGGCCCUGCUGCAGGCCUCACCCUCCUGCCGGGCCAUCCUGGAGGCUGCCAGGAGGCAGGUGUUCUCUCUGCAUGGCCCCUGCACCCUCCGGGGGGGUCCUGGGCAUGUCCCCCCAAGACAUGCCUACCAAGAGUGCCUCAUCCUUGUGGGAGGGAGGAAAGACAGCCAGCAGACCACCCGCGAUGUUCUGAGGUUCGACCCACACAUGGGCCAGUGGCAAGGCCUGGCUAAACUCCCAGUUCGGCUCUACAAGGCUUCUGCUGUGGGCCUGCACCGUAGCAUCUAUGUGCUAGGAGGCCUGGAGGUGAAUGCAGGGACACGUGUGCCCAGUCGCAUAGUCCACGUCUUUUCCCUGAAACUCAACCAGUGGAGUUUGGGGCAGCCCAUGCUUGCCGCCCGCUACUCUCACCGGGGCACGGCCCACAAGAACUUCAUCUUUGCCAUCGGGGGCAUUGGAGAGGGGCAGGAGGUCCUGGACUCCAUGGAGCGGUACGACAGCAUGAGCAACGUCUGGGAGAGGAUGGCCAGCAUGCCCGUUGGGGUUCUCCAUCCUGCUGUCGCAGUGAAAGACCAAAGGCUCUACCUCUUUGGGGGGGAGGACGUCAUGCAGAACCCUGUGCGCCUUAUCCAGGUUUAUCACCUUUCCAGAAAUACUUGGUUUAAAAUGGAGACAAGAAUGAUCAAGAACGUGUGUGCCCCCGCAGUGGUGCUAGGGGAGCGGAUAGUCAUCGUGGGAGGUUACACCAGAAGGAUGCUUGCUUAUGACCCUCAGUCCAACAAGUUUGCCAAGUAUGCUGACAUGAAGGACAGGAGGAUGCAUCACGGGGCCACAGUGCUGAGGAACAAGUUGUAUGUGACUGGUGGCCGCCGGCUCACCACGGACUGCCGCAUAGAAGAUUCAGCUGCCUUUGAAUGCUACGACCCCGAAACAGACACCUGGACAUCGCAGGGACAGCUGCCCCACACACUCUUUGACCAUGCCUGCCUCACCCUGUGGAGCCUCUCUCUCUCUGCUGCCUGUUCUGAAGAAAAUGAGGACCCAGGUUCCUUUACAAGAGACAUUUACCCCAAGAGAUGACUUCCAAA